UUUAAGUCAAAGAGUCAAUUGGCAUUUUCCUGGGGUUUUCAAUUCACAGAAGGCUAGUUCUCACAUCAAGGAAGAAAAAAAAAACCAAGAACAGUAAAAAUGGUUCCUCGUGGUUUCACUGUGAUCACCAUCUUCGUCUUCGCAAUCGUUCCUCAUAUUCAGGGUUUCGCAAUCAGUGAACAAGAUGGGAAAAUCUCCAUGCGAUCAUCGCCGUUUGAAACCGCCCUCGUAACCCUUCAGAGGCAAAUUGGCUAUAAUUUCCAAAAAAUUAGUCUCCUUCGGCGUGCAAUGACUCAUGCCUCAUUCUCUGAAGAGAACAACAAGGCACUGAGCAUUUUGGGCGGCAAUAUCAUAGACACUUCUGCCUCUCUACGACUACUUAAAAAAAAUAUUGAGAUUUCUUCCAAAGAAAUGAACCGUCGCAUAUCAGAGAUCUCCAAGGUUGAAUCUUCCUGUGCUGCUGAUGGGUUGCAAUUGGGGUUGCAUAAGGUGGUUAGAGUCUCUCCCAAGACUAACUCUUCAGCUCCAGCGGUGGUUUGUGGGGCUUUCAGAGCAAUCUUUGGUGCUAUUGCUUUAGAUGUUGGGAAGUCUGAUGAUGCUGGAAGCAUUUUCUGGGCUGUUCAUGGUGGUGAAGUUGGAGGAGUUAUGGCCAUUUAAAUGCAGCUGUUUCUGUCUCCAUCGCCUGGUAGAAGAUGUUAUGCUAUAUCUCUAGUUUCUACCCGUGUGAUUUAGUUUAGUAGCAGAAACAGUAUUUGAUCGCGCUGUUUGUUUAUAUUUGUACAGUAUUGGUCAUGUUGAAACCUCUAUGACGAUGUUGCUGUCAUUCCUCAAUCCAACGAUAUUAUGCUAUGUUAAUUUUGUUUGUGUGGAGAAACUUCAUAAUUCUUCAUAUG